CUGAUCAACUGUUUUAGCUUCUUUCUAUCUGUCUAAGUGUUUGUGCAUGUUUCUUUACAGCUGUGUAUUUGUGAAUUUAAUGCAUGACAAAGGAAAAAUCAGUGGUGAAAUGUUUCCUAACAGUGCAGUUUACAUCUUACCAAAGCAAAAUCUGCUGUAUAAAUAAUCCUAAUGAUGUGAGUACACACUAACCCCGGUCCUGUGAACGGAUGGAUGUGUUGUGGAGUAUAUUGAGCUCCACCCCCCCUCUCUAAUAUCUGUGAGAUCAGGAGGUGUUUCUAGGUGAAUCUGAUUCAGCAUGUGCACUUACUCCGAGCGCGGUGCGAUCAGAUGCUCCGGACCGUGAGCGCGAGCGUGUGGAUGAUGCCGCCGGCUGUGUCGCUGACGCUCGUCUGCGCGAUGCUGUGCGUGUCCGCGUGCGUCGCGUUGUGUCCGCCGCGCUGCGAGUGUUCGGAAUCUCAGCGGAAGGUGCGGUGCGUGUCUGCCGCGCUCCUCCGGGUCCCCGCCGCGAUCCCGAGCGACACGAGCAGCCUGAUCAUCACCGGAAACGCGAUUCACAGACUCGACCACAGCGCGUUCAGCGAACUGCAGAACGUCACACACCUGAACCUCAGCAACAACGGUAUUAUGGAGAUCGGCUCGCACGCGUUCUCCUCUCUUCUCAUGCUGCGUUCCCUAAUCCUGAACAACAACCAGCUGGUUCUGAUCCAUCCCGAGGCGUUCUCAGUGCCCGGCAGCCCUCUCCAGGAGCUCAGCCUGCGCUCGUCCCUCUAUAACUACACGUCUCUGACCGACCUCAUCACCGCCCUGCGCUGGGGUGAGCUCACCAACCUGCUGCGGCUCGACCUGUCGGGCAACCGGCUCGUCCUCUUGCCGCCGGGGAUGUUCGCUCCUCUGCCAAACCUGCAGCGUCUGCAUCUGCGCAACAACUCUCUGGUGGCCGUCUACAACAGCACGUUCUCUGGUGUCGAGCAACUUCUGGAGCUGGAUUUGACCGGGAACGCGUUCAGAACUAUCAGCGACGAGGGUCUGCGUGAGCUGGAGCGACUCGGUCAUGUGCGUCUGCUGUUGGGUCAGAAUCCUUACUCGUGCACGUGUGAAGCGCAGGAGUUUGCCAACUGGCUGAACAGUUCAAAGGUCAGGGUGGGCGAUGUGGACAGGUUAUACUGCGAGUUUCCUGCUAGUCUGCAUGAUGCAUCCUUGCGGGGUCUUAGCGCGCAACUGCUGGGGUGUUACGGUAAAGCGCGUGAAGAGAUUACCGACUUGUCCCUACAAACUUCCUACGUGUUUCUUGGAUUAGUGCUGGGAUUCGUCGGCAUGAUCUUCCUCUUGGUCGUCUACCUCAACCGAAAGGGUAUCAAGAAGUGGAUCACAGACAUACACGAAGCCUGUCGAGACGUGCUGGAGGGGUAUCAUUACCGUUACGAGAUCGACUCGGACCCACGACUGGGGCGCGUUUCACACGGUCAGCAGGGUCGGCCUCGAAUGGACCCGCGCUUGGCGCACAUCUCUACAGACUCCCGUAUCACACAGAUCCCAUCCGACGUGACACUGUAAUUGCACAGUGAACCCAUUUCUAUAGUAGAUAUUUCAUUUCAGUUUGUAGCAAAGUGGUGUGCUUGAUGUUUUCUAAAUAGACCAAACUGAGGAAAAUCAGUAGUGGUUGGCAGAUGCCAAGUAGAGAGAUAUCUGACUGAUACAUGAUGUAAUGCCAAUAAAUGCAUGAUAUAUGCUAAUACAAUAUACAAUUUAUUUGGAAAACAUCUACCAAUGCAAGAAGAGUCAACACAAAGACAUGGAAAAAAGACUGUAAAAGCAUAUAAAGGUUGAACUUGUGAUUGUGUAGGAUUGCAGUAGUUUAAACAAACAUGCACACUUAAAAAUAAAGGUUCUUU